AUGGUCUUCAGCGGCCGCUGGGGAGACCAGAGGGGUGGAGGGGAAAGUGGAGCCAGGCACUUCUCCGUCUGUGGCUGGAGCGUCAUCGUCAAAGGCGAAACGAGUUCCAGCACAAGCAUGUUUGAAAUCAAUUUCCUCUGUGAUCCCGGAGACCAAAUCGCUUUCCAUUUUAACCCUCGCUUUGCCAGUUCCAGAAUUGUCUGCAACUCCUUCCUAGCCAACCACUGGGGGAAGGAAGAAGUUAAUAACACCUUCCCCUUUGAAGCGAAGGAGUCAUUCCAGGUCGAAAUCUACUCUGACCAGGACUAUUUCCAUAUUUUCAUUGAUGAAAACAAAAUCUUGCAGUAUAAGCAUCGGCAGAAGAAUCUUUCGUCCAUCACCAAACUGCAGAUUCUGAAUGAUAUUGCCAUUUCUUCAGUGGAAAUCACCAAUCGGGGCCUUUAG